CAUGCGCAGUGUCCCGCUCUGCACACACGUCCUUCAGGCUGCACACUGACCUCAGACCAGUGAACGAUGGCGGCUCAGGUGACGGAGUCUGAUCAGAUCAAACAGUUUAAGGAGUUUUUGGGAACGUACAACAAGGUGACGGAGAACUGCUUCAUGGACUGCGUCAAAGAUUUCACCAACAGGGAGGUGAAGGCUGAGGAGUCCAGCUGCUCUGAGUCCUGUCUGCAGAAGUACCUGAAGAUGACUCAGCGGAUCUCGAUGCGGUUCCAGGAGUACCACAUCCAGCAGAACGAGGCUCUGGCUGCUAAAGCCGGUCUGCUGGGGCCGCGCUGAUCCGGGUCAGACUGGACUGGACUGGACCGGACCAAUCCAGGU